CCUUUCCCCCCCCGUCACCCCCUGCAGUACGUGGAACACAACAAGGCCUCUGACAAUGACUGGUUCCGCCUCGAGUCCAACGCGGAAGGCACGCGGUGGUCCGGGCGCUGUUGGCACAUCCAUGAGCUGCUCAAGUAUGAAUUUGCCAUUGAGUUUGAGAUCCCGGUGACGUACCCCAACACUGCUCCUGAGAUCGCCAUCCCAGAGCUGGAUGGGAAAACGGCCAAAAUGUACAGAGGGGGCAAAAUCUGCCUCAGCGACCACUUCAAGCCCCUGUGGGCCCGCAACGUUCCCAAGUUUGGUUUGGCUCACCUCAUGGCACUGGGGGUGAGUGUGUAG